AUUUUUUUAACAAGCAUUUCUCUUUAAUAUGAUUUUAGAAAACGUACAUAAAAUAUACGUCUCACUCAGUUCUUGUGCAGGGUAAAACAUGCUGAUUGUACUUUUUUUCUUCUCUCGCACGCGGAUAGAUGACUGAUAAUUGAAAAAAAAAAAUCAUUUGAUCUCGGGUGAUUGGAGGGUAGAAGGCACGGAAGAAAGGAGAAGGUUAACCGCACCUUCAUCUCGGUGCACAGACGCAGAGGUAAGGCAGCAGGCGAGGGUGUGAAUUACUCCGCGAUGCGCGUAAAUCGGUAGCUGAACCUUCGAGCGAGGCACAUGUCACUCGUACACGUUUUAACGGGGAUCUCCUGUGACGAAUGCGGCGUGUGCGUUCUUUGCGUAUGUGUGAGUGUGUGGGUCUCAAUCGCGGCAACUUUUCGCGUGAAAACCGCCAUCGAGCCGCACUUGGCCGCACGCGACGCGCGUUGCAACACGAAAUAUCGCGCAAGCUGUAUAACUCGCGCGUUGCAGCAAAUUAAUACUCCCUUCGCUGUGCCGUCGGUGUUAAAAUACGUGUUCGCGGUCGGUUGGGCUCAUUGUGGGCGCCAGCGACGAGCGAUCGUCGACCACAAAGUCGCAAACCGGAGCGAGGAUUUCUACAGGCAGAUUACAAACUCGAUCGAGUCCCUCGCGCGAAUACCUGUUGCCAAUAAUCGCGCCGAUUGACUUUCUCAUUUAACGAGAAACCCUUGAAUUGAAUUUAGCGGCCGGCACAGCCUUUAACGCGCAAGAGAGUUGAAUCGAGUCCUUUAUUUGAUGCGAACGGAAUCGAAGCGGGAAAGAGCUUUUCUUAUCUCGACGACAUAUGAUUUAGCAUAAGCAACUUUUCCCGCUUUCACUUUUCCAAAAUUUGUAAGAAUUCUGAUCGAGGAAAAAGAUCGCAGUGCUUAUAAUGAAUUAAAGAGAUAAAAACUUGGUCUGAAAACAAGAAUAAAUUUAUCAAAUAAAAGACCAAUUCAGUGCAACCUAAUUUGUGCCUAAUUUCGGCCACGACGUACAUUCCUCGCAUUCCGCCAAAGACUUGUAAUUAACGAUCACGUCGAUAAUUUCAUUUAUUGAAUAUUCAUCUCAUUUUUUUUUGAAUCUGAAAAUGUAAAAUCGUGGCGAGACCGCCACCCUCUAACGAAUUAAAAAAUCUUUUUGCAUACGUGCGUUUUCUCGUAGGAUGACCCCAUAUCUAACUACGAAUCAGCCGAUCCGAUGCGAAAGAACGCUGGUUCCCCCUAAACGCGAGGUCCCCCCGUUUCCCGAGAGAGCUACGAGAACAAGUCCCGGCUCGUUCCCAAGGCGGGGUACACGCACGUGCCGAGAGAAAUAAGAAUUCCCUUUUGCGCUGCAAUAGAGUUGCACUGUUAGGCGGUGUGUGGGAUCGUCGUGCGGUGCGCGGCGCGGCUCGGCGGGCCGCGCAAAGGCCGCCCAAUUAAUUAAGAUAGCUCCUAGACACACACGCUAGAUCGAUAGGGACCGGCCGCGAUAAAGACUGGCGAGGGUCUCAGACUUCAGGGAUGUUGCAGUGCUGUGGUGUUGGAGGUGGCGCUUCCACGGCACCUCAGGCUCCGCAGCUGCAGGGUACCGGAUCCGCUGUCGGGGCUACCACCUCCACGAGAACCACUAUCAUGCAGGACGCAGUUCUCGAAUCCAUCCUGGAGCAAAUGCGGGAGACGGAAGCCCGGCGAGCGGAGCUGGAGAGGCAGCAUGCGGACGCACAGAACCAGUUGCGGGAGAAGAUAGCAGGACGCUAUCAGGGCCCGGAAUCGAUCGAGGCGUUGCAAUCGAAGAUCCGGGAGCUUGAGAAGAAGACCGAGUUGCAGAUGGUGAAACACGAGGAACUGUCGCUGGAGCUGACUAGUCUGAGACGUGCGCGUAGCAGAGGACCGGUCGCGGGGCAUGUCACGUCCACGAGUAUCCCGACAUCCACUUGGCCACCAGCCGGCUCCGAGAUCGAUAGAAUCAUCGCCAAGAUCGAGCAGGAUAAUAGUGUUAGAGGAAUGUUGCACGAAUUGGACCAUGCGCGGGGCGCGAUAACCACGCAACAACCCUUGGCUACGCAGGGAAUCCUCAGGUCCAGCUCGGAGAAUCUUCCCAAUCUCGGCCAGCAUCAUCCGCCUCAUCCGCACGCCCUCAACCUCGGGAUGUCUACUCAGAUGGGUCAUUACGCAGGUUCACCAAUGCCAUUAACGCCGAUGAUGCCUGGUUGUCCUCCACUGACGCCGAACGGACCACCAUAUCACUACAGUGAACCGAUACCGCCGGCGCCGUCACUCUCCAGCAGUCAGUCGCAGCCUGCUUUCCAACAGAAAAUUCAACAAUAUCAACAGCAACAACAGUCGCAGCACGAAAUGUCGAGUUCUCAUUCUCAAAGCGCUCUACCAUCCCAACAGAAACAGCAACAAACGCACACCUCACAUUUCACAAGCAAUCAGUACCAGGAGAGCUAUCCACACACGCAAACGUAUCAACAGCCGCUUCAGCAACAGCAACAACCACAACAGCCGCAACAACAGCAGCAGCAUCCGGCCUCGACCACGUACCUGACUUCGGCUAGCCAGAGCGUGAUACCUCACUAUACACAGCCUGCCCAGACUGCCCAGAAUUAUCAGUUGAAUGGGAGUCAACAGGUGUGUCGUCAAUUAUUCAAUCAUGAUUACUUUUUUAUAAGCAGGCAGAGCCUGCGCGCCAGUUCGCCGACUGCACCUGGUACCGCAACCGGCCAUCACUUUCUUGGUCCUAGGCAAAUGCCGAAGAUUCCUACGAGUAUAUUGACGAAUCCCCUGGACCGACUAACCAAUCCCGAAGACAUUGUAUCUGAAGGUCAAGUGGACAUGUUAGACGUGCCCGGCAAGGGCAGAUGUUACGUUUACAUAGCCCGCUUUAGCUAUGAGCCCUUCCAACACUCGCCGAACGCGAAUCCGGAAGCGGAAUUGCCGGUCCAAGGCGGCGACUAUCUUCUGGUAUGGGGCCAGCCUGAUGAGGAUGGCUUUCUGGACGCAGAAACACUUGACGGUAGACGCGGUCUGGUACCAGCUAACUUUGUGCAAAAAUUAGUUGGCGAUGAUCUGCUGGAGUUCCAUCAAGCAGUUCUCGGUCUCAGGGACGUGGACGAUUCCGCCUCGACGAAUAUCCCUCAAUGCUAUCUGCAAGAUAUUGAUUUAGAAUUAGCUGCAUUGGAAGAAGGUAACCGGAAUCGUCAAGCAGAGCUAUCUGCGUACGCAGAACUCGACAAUAUUGCAGAGGAGGAUGAGCAAGAGCCGCCAGAAGUCUACAUGUUUUCGGACCUAGUUCCGGCGCCGCAGCACCUCACACUCGAGCGGCAACUCAACAAGAGCGUGCUGAUCGGAUGGACCGCACCUGAGAACACGCACCAGCUCGAAUCCUAUCAUGUCUACGUGGACGGCGUGUUGAAGGUCACGGUGAAGGCUACCGAGAGGACUAGGGCUUUGGUGGAGGGAGUCGACUCUACGCGGCCGCAUAGGAUAAGCGUGCGCUCGGUCACGCAUUCGAGAAGGACGUCGCGUGACGCCGCCUGCACGAUGGUAAUUGGUAAGGAUGUCGCGUUAGGUCCCACCGCCGUCAAAGCGUCGAAUGUCACAGCAACUAGUGCCGUAAUAUCUUGGCUACCGAGUAACAGCAACCAUCAACAUGUCGUAUGUGUAAACAACGUGGAAGUGAGAACCGUGAAGCCGGGUGUCUACAGACACACUAUCACCGGUCUAGCUCCAUCGACGAUAUACAGGGUGACCGUCAAAGCGAAGAAUCUGCGGGCGACGCAUUUUGAGGACCAAAAUGCCCAGGCGGCAAACAACCUGGCCUGUCAUGUCCACUUUAAAACAUUGCCCAAGGGAUUGCCGGAUCCUCCGGUCGAUAUCCAGGUGGAGGCUGGACCGCAGGACGGCACUUUGCUAGUGACCUGGCAGCCUGUUGCCCUAAACGGUUCGGCCGUCACCGGUUACGCGGUGUACGCCGAUGGUAAGAAGGUCACCGACGUCGACAGCCCCACCGGCGAUCAUGCGCUCGUUGAUAUACAUAAACUCAUGGGUCUUAAUCCAAAACACAUCACCGUCAGAACUAAGAGCAGGGAAAGUCAAUCGGGAGAUAGUUGCGCAACUGCGAUACCUUGCAGUGUACUUCGCGGUGGUUCCACUACUCACAUGCCGCCAUCCCAUGGUGGACUUCCACACAUGGUGGACCAACGACAACCGCAACAAUCGACCAUGGGUCCCCAACAGGAUGAUCCUAAUCGUCAUCGCAUGACUGCUGGCGUAAGUCAGCGAUACCCGAACGCACCCGUGCCCUCGCACAUGCGACGACACGUUGGCACAAGGGUAGACGCUCACGGUCAGGUGAUCAUCGAGACAGACGAAAAUCUCUCUGACAAGGAGAUCUAUCCCGGACAGAGCAUUUCUCAAAUGGGAAUUCCGGAAAUCACAAAAGAUUCUGCGAGCGAAGCGAAUAGUGAGGAGGACGAUCCCUCGCGAAGAUCGCGGGGAAUGCCACCACAGCAUCACGGUCUACAUCAUCGAUAUGGUCCCCAAAUGGAUCCUCAGAGCCCGCCUGGAGCGCAUAGAUCUCCUAGCAUGGGCGGUCCCAGCGGUAGAUCACAAGAUCCUUAUUAUGAUCAAGCGGGAUCUCAAAGAGGAAGAGGACCGGUCUACCGUGGUGGACGAGCACAAGCUCAAGGAGGAGUGAGUCAUCCACCGAUCGCAGCUCAACAAAUGAAUAAAAGACCACGGUGGUUCGUAGCAUUAUUCGAUUACAAUCCUACAACCAUGUCACCGAAUCCAGAUGCGUGUGAGGAUGAAUUGACAUUUUCAGAAGGCGACAUUCUCAAGGUAUAUGGUGACAAAGAUCCUGAUGGUUUUUACUGGGGCGAAUUUCGUGGUAGGCGAGGAUAUAUUCCUUAUAAUAUGGUAGAGGAAAUUAAAGAACCGCCAGGUCAAGGUCAGCCUGGUAGGAGAGGACCUACGCAAAGUGAGAGAUGGGGAGACAUUUAUGCAAGCAUGCCUGUGAAAAAGAUGAUAGCUCUCUAUGAUUACGAUCCUCAUGAAUUAUCUCCUAAUGUUGAUGCUCAAGUCGAAUUAACAUUCCAAACUGGAAAUGAGAUCUAUGUCUAUGGCGACAUGGAUGAUGAUGGUUUUUAUAUGGGCGAGUUGAACGGCGUGCGCGGUUUGGUACCGAGUAACUUCCUCACUGAAGCACCUGGACAGAAUCAGGGACAACCGCCACAGGGUAGCAGACGACCCGGCGGUCAAAGUCAAGGGCCGGGUGCAAGAGGACCACCACCACCACCUCGGGAACCACCCCCGGCUGGUCUCCGACGUGGCAAAGAUGCCUGCAUUGUGCCUGUGUCUGUCCCUGUCUGUCACUUAGACUCUAGACAACUACAACAACAACCAUCACCAUCACUAAUGAACAACCAACAACAUCAACUACAACAUCAAAACAAUCCACCGCAUCUAGCCUACCAACAAGCGAAUCACCACAGCUACACGACCGUAACCACGUCCAAUCAGCAUGGGCCCAGUCACUUGCCACCCGGCGGCGGUGUUAUGGGUGCCCAUCAGCAAGGUCCCGUACCGCCCCACCUUCAGCAACAGGGGAAGGGGAGGGGCGGCGUGGUCAAUCGGAUCGCUGGUAGUAACAUGCCAGGUAUGCAGGGCUCGGGCCAGCAAUUCCAGCAGCAGCAGGAUUAUCAGGGCCAGCAGCAGCCGUAUCAGCAGCAGCCGAAUCAACCAUACCAGCAGCAGCAGCAACCUAAUCAAGGAUAUCCGCAGCAAUCGACGCAACAGUUUCAACAGCCGCAGCAACAGCAGCAACUGGGCCAAUCGUUCGGGCAACAAAAUCAACAGGGCGGGAUGGGCGGUCCUCAGAGCGCCAGCAAGCCUAUGAGAGGAAUCCCGGCGGUGCUGCCGACGGCGCAAUCCAAGACGCAACCCAACACGACGCAGGGUCAACAGCAGCAGCAGCAACCACAGCAACAAAGCACCGGGCCGAACCUGAUGCAGAAGUUCACCGAGAUGGCGGGCGCGAGCGCGGGUGGCGAUAUACUUUCUAAAGGGAAGGAGCUGAUCUUCAUGAAGUUCGGAUUGGGCAAGUGAGGAGGAGCGAUCGCUGACGACGUGACGGUGAUGACGAUAACGAUGAUAACGACGACGCGUUGUUGCGAUCGUUUCCGUUUCGUUCUUCUCGCGCUCGACGUCCGCGUUUGCACGCAGAUCAAUCUUACCGAUUGUGAGCUGCGUAACUCAGUAUUAUGAUGAAAGGUUAUUCGACAGCGGAAGAUACGUAACGAAGGCGCGAGAUCCUGCCGAGUAUUGUUGCAGGGAGGACGAAAUAAGGAGGAGUGCGCCGCCAUCGCUGCUGCUGCUGCUGUUGCUGCUGCUGUUAUUGUUGCUACUCGCUAUUAAUAAUCGUUAAUUAUUACAAAAUAAAGAGAAACCAUCGCUGGACGAAUAUAACUGAUAUGAAGGAAGGGGAAAAAAGACGUUCGGUAGAGACCGCUCGAGAUGAAAAAAAGAACCGACGCCGAGAAUCGACAUUGACAUUCCAUCGAUCGAGAAGAAACGCGUACAAGAUUCAUCAAACUUCUUCUUAAUCCUCCUUUUCCUAAUCUUCUUCUACUAGUUUGUCUUCUUCUUCUUCACGCGACGAUAAGAUCCUCGAUCGGUGCUGCGCGGUUUAUUGAGAACAUACUUGUCGAUUGCUCGUCCGCCGGAUCGUCUUGGAAACUCCUAAUACAUAAGAUAAUUAAUGGAAUAUUAUCUGCGAAAUAUAUUACGAACGAGUAUCGCCAAGUUAUGUAAAAAUCGCAUAUCCACGCAACUAUUUCUUCCAAUCUCUCUUCGUCCUCUUUGCGUUAUUCGGAGCGCCGUUCGAUUCUCAGAAUGAAAAAUAAAUUUUUGUUGAAUGCGGAUUC